UGCAAUCUCCUAAACUUUUCUUAAAUUCUCUUUCGCUUAGAAUUCGGAGUUAUAGUGUUUAAUUUCUCCAGUAUCCUCUUUUCCGUUUCCAACCCUGAUUUUCUUCGUAGUUGCGCUUUCACCAGAUCAGAUUUAAACGCAUCCUUGGAUGUGAAGCAUUCUCACCUUGGUGGAGUGCGUUAAGUUUAUACCACUAGAGUCAUACAGGGGCUGGGAAAUUUCUUAGUAAACAAGAAAAAGAAAAAGAAAUUAGAGAGAGCAAAGGAAAGCAACUUCAACAAUGGCUGAGAUAUUACAUACCCCUGUGGAUGAAAGGCUUACCCAGCUCCUACAUCAAACAUUUGAAGUUCAUAAUCAAAUUUCCAGUUCCAAGACCAAGAUCCAAAGAGUUCCUACCUUUUUGCGUCAGAAUCCUGAUUUUGCUAAGUACUGCAUACCCAAAAUGAUAUCAUUUGGUCCCAUUCAUUACCAGAAUGAUGAUUUGAAGCAAGGACAACAAUUCAAACUUCAAUGGACAUCCCUCUAUAUAGAUGAGUACGGUGAGGAAACUAAUGGAAGCACUAAUAAGGAAGCAGCAGCCAAGCUUUUGUAUAAAAUUAUACAAGAUAACAUUGGGAGAUUGAAGUUGUUGUUUAGCGUGGAUGUGAUCGAAUGCUAUGUUGACAAGGAACUUAUUUGGAUGUUGUUUGUGGAUGGAUGUUCUUUGCUCUAUUACAUGGACAAGGUCGAAGAUCACCGGCCGGAAAAACUAAGGCUAAAGCUUGAUCAGUUGAUGUAUACUUACAGAGAUAUUAUGUUGCUCGAAAAUCAACUUCCAAUGGAAUUGCUAGAGUUACUAAGCAAGAAAAAGGGUGCUGAUUUGGGGUUUCUAAUGCACAAUUUUUUGUCAGGUGGAAAUGCUAAGCAACUUGGAAUGUACGCAAUCAAACUCAAGCAGAAUCCAACUCAUAUACUUGAUUAUUAUCGCUCGAAUUUCGUCGAUGCAGAGAAUGGAAAGUAUGUCAUGAAGCAAGAUGAUAAUAAAGUUGAUGAUGAAGAUAUUCAAGUCUCUCCCCCUCCCGAAGAUCUAGAUGCACCUCCGGUGGACAGAGAUGCAUCACGUUUUUGGGAAAGGUACAAGAACAUUCGAGAUCUUAAGUCGGCAGGGAUUCGAGUUAAGCCAAACAAGUCAAAUGUGUUAAAAUGGGAUAACAUCUCUUUCACCUCCAAAUGGUUUGGUGGAGAAUUAAGACUUCCUAUGUUCUUGUUCAAUGAUAACUCACCUUAUUAUUUCCGGAACAUGAUUGCAUAUGAGAUGUGUCCAGAUUUUAAUAACAAUUUCGGAUGUAGCUCAUUCUUUUCAUUCAUGGAUUCUUUGAUUGAUGAUGCCGAAGAUGUAAAAGAGCUCAGAUUAGCUGGUGUGUUCCAGAACUUGCUAGGGAGCGACGAAGAAUUGGCGAAAUUCUUCAAUGAAUUGGGCCAUGACUUGCCAACUAAAUUGUUUCAUUAUAUCAGAACUGAUGCUGUGGCCUAUAGCAAAAAGUAUAUCCAAGUCAAGUUUCAAAUUCAAAAGCAUUAUAGAAAAAGAUGGAAUAAGUGGCUUGCUGAAGCACGUAGUACUUACUUCAAUACCCCAUGGUCUCUGCUUGCCUUUCUUGCUGCAUUACUAGCAUUAGUUCUCACUUUUAUUCAAGCUUGGUAUGCUAUACAUCCAAAGUAAAAGUACCCUAGUCUUAUAUAUGUUGUAUGUAACGGUAACACUGGCAUCUAAAUUUAUUAGGAUAUCAAUUACAGUGUUUGCUACAAUAUAAGGAUAAUUGUUUGGCAUGAUGCUAAAUAUACACUUUGUAUGGGCUAGGAUUUAGGAACACUUCAUUUUACUAAAACGUCUUUAACAGUGUAUAAUUGUACAGCAUUUACCCCAAAAGUGACUAAAGAUACUUUUGUA